CCAAGAUAGUAGAGCCUUUUCUUCCCAAAACAAGAUCAAUCUAUUGCCUCUUAUCCGGCAUCCAAUCCCUCUAUAAACCUCCAUCAAUUUUUCCCCAAACACCUCGAUUCAUUCGUUGACUCUUUUUGGAAGGAGAUGUCAUCGAAGGGAAAACAGACCUGCCGCCACAGAUUCCCGGGCUCAAUCAGCAGUCGGUGAGACCAGCCCCGCCCCCCCCCCGCGCGGCGAUGUCGGGGUGGAUGAUGAUGUCGAAGAUCAUGGACAAAUUAAGGUCGGUGAUAUCGCUGAUGUCAAGUUCGGAGCAGGGGGAGCUUGAGACACAGGGAUCCAACAAAAAGCUGAAGUCGUCGAUCCCCAUGAAUCAAGAUGGCCCCACGCCCCCCAGCAGCGUACGGUCGCACUUGCUGGAGAUCGCCGCCGGUGCAGACAUCAUGGAAGAAGUAGCCGCGGUCGCUAGUCGUCAGCAGCGCAGCGUAUUAGUGCUCUCGGGAGAUGGAGUCAUCGUCAACCCUAUACUGCGCCAGAAACGGUCUGGCGUUGUCAGGUUCCCUGGUCUCUUCCAGAUCAUUUCCAUGUCCGGCGUCUUCGCCGUCUCGUCUACUUGCUCGACCGGUUUCGCCGAGUUAACAGUAUGCCUUACCGAAGGGCAGGGUGAUGUCAUCGAAGGCGUAGCCGUUGGCAAAUUUAUGGCUGCCAGCCUUGUCAUGAUCAAAUUGGCCACAUGGUCCAGUGCUACCAACGAGCGCCUCCCGGAAACUAGUGACAAACCUGCUGACGCUGCUGUUGCUGCUGCUGUUGCUGCUGCUUCCGCUUUGUUAGAUGGAAUGCUACUUUUGGAGGGUUUGCCGCCAGAAGGCCAUGGGGCGGCGACUGAGGUGGAUGGGGCGCCCACAUUUAGAAGUCCCUGCGUGGCGUCGCUGAAGGCCUUUUUCGGCAGUAUGGUGGAUCGGAUAAUAAGAGAGGAAGUUCAGACGGCGCUCGAGAUGAAGCCCGCACACACUUCAGAGAGCCUCACCCACGGAGAGAUGCAGCUACGGGACGAGCGUCGGGUUCUUGAGGGAACCCUAUCUACUAUGCAUGACUUUAUGCAACGUGCUGAGUGGUGCGCUCACAAAGAUGGGAUGCUGUUUAUGGAUGAAUCUGUCAGUCUGGGGUUCAAUCAUUUCCAAGAGGAGGAAUCAAUGUUUGGGCGUCCGAAAGAGUUGCUGGAGUUGAUCAACUUGCUUUGUUUGCCAGGGAUAAUCAGCAAGCGAGUUAAAGAUGGAACAUCUGGGACUAUGAUUGCAGCGAGAACAGACAAUGUGUCUGUUUUGCCGAUAUGGGGAAUUAGUGGUGUUGGAAAGACCACUCUUGCCUAUCAGAUUUUUAGGGAGAAGAGAGUUUGUGAUAAUUUUGACCUGCUAAUUUGGUUAUGUGUCUCGGAUGGCUUUGAUAAGAAGAAGUUGAUUAAGAAGUUUAUACUGUCUGUGGCCGAAAGGGAGAUGAAAUCUGAUGAUUUAAGCUAUCUUCAGAGAAUUCUAACUAACGGCAUCAUUCAUCCCUCGAGGCGGUUCUUGCUUGUAAUUGAUGAUGUGCAGGAGGACAUAUGCCGUGAAGAUUUCCAUGAAUGGAAGAGUUUCCUCGCCCCACUAAAAUGUGCUAGACCAGGAAGUAUGGUUUUGGUGACAACAAGGUCUCUGAGGGUUGCUGAGCAUGUUGGUACGAUGAAGCAUUACGUAUUGGAGGGAUUACCUGAAGGAAAACUUUGGGAGUUCUUUAGGAUGCAUGCGUUUGGUUCUGAUAAUUCCGACAUCAAUCCAGUGUUAGCGAGCAUUGGCAGAAGUAUAGUUUCAAGGUUGAAUGGUUCUCCUCUAGGUGCCCAAAUUCUUGGACGGCUAUUAAGCCUCAAGCUUGAUCCAAUAUAUUGGAGAAACAUCUUGGAGAGUGAGUUGUGGGAAGUACAGAAUGAAAGAGAGGAUAACCGCAGCAUCUGCUCAGCCCUUAAGUUGAGCUACCAGUAUCUGCCAUUCCAUUUGAAGCGUUGCUUUUCCUUCUGUUCUAUGUACCCUAGGAAUUAUGAGUUUGAUGCAGUGACGCUAGUUGACUGCUGGGUAGCAGUGGGCUUGGUGUUGCCUUAUGGCCGCAUGCUGCCAUUAGAUGUUGGCCAUGUGUACUUCCAGCAGCUUGUGAAUCGGUCCUUCUUUCAGAAAGCUCCAACAUCAUCUAGACAUGUCAUGCAUGAUUCGGUGUACGAUAUGGCGCAGCAAACUUCCAGGAAUCAGUGCUUUGUGAUAAAAGAUACAUGUGACUUAUCAAGAAUUCCUCCCAAUGUUCGUCAUUUGUCAGUACUCUGCAACGGCCUUGAAAGCAGUGAUUUAGAAAGCUUGCAAGCGUACAAGGUUUUGUGUUCAGUAAUAUGCAUCAGCACUGAACCUAAUAUUAUCCCUGCUUCUGUCGUUGAAAGAUGGUUCCGUGAUCUCGUUAACAUUCGAAUGCUGAGAUUUAUAUCCUGUCAGCUCAAGGAGCUACCCAAUAAUGUGGGGAACCUAGUACAUCUUCGCUAUCUUGACAUUUCUGCUUGUGAAUUUGACAAGUUUCCGGAUUCUCUUUGGCGUCUCUAUAACCUUGAAAUUUUAGAUGCUCGAAACUGCAAAAUCCAAGAUGUUCCCAAGGAUAUCAUCAAGUUAUUAAACUUGCAGAGAGUUAUACUGAAGGGUGAUCUUAUCAGACAACUAGGGUGUCUACCGGGAAUAAGUAACCUAUUAUAUCUUCAGGAGAUGCCUUACUAUUCUGUUCAGGAUGAGCCUGGAAGGAGAAUUCAUGAGUUGAAGAACAUGGACCAUCUUCGAGGAUUGUUGGAGAUCAGUGGCCUCUGCAGUGUCAUAGGUAUGGAACAAUCUGCCGAGGCUGCAUUACACAAGAAGAUUUACCUUAACACAUUGAUUCUGUCGUGGCAUGAGUCGAUCAGGCCUGAAAAGCACAAUAGCAACCAGGAGAUGGAAGUGCUUGAAGGCCUGCGCCCUAGCUCCAACAUCAAACAUCUGGAAGUCAAGUUUUACAUGGGUGCUGGAUUUUAUCCAAGUUGGCUCCAUGAGGAUGUGUUGAGCAGCCUGUCAUCGCUCUCAAUCAGCUCCUGUCCUCACAUUACAACUCUUUUCGGCCAACCCUCUAGAACGGACGGUAGCAGUAGUAGUAGCACAGGCAGCUUUACCGGGUUCCGAUCACUCACCAAGCUGUGCAUUACCUGGUGCAAAAGGCUAACAGGUCUUGACAAUUUCCUGCACCCAGAAUAUCUUCCAGCGAUCAAGGUGAUAAGGAUCUCAAACUGUGAGGAUCUAGUGUCACUGCCAACCAAGAGCCUUGGGGAAUUUGUUCAUCUGGAGGACUUGGAGGUGUCUCACUGCUGGAGUCUCAACUGGGAAAAAGGCCUAACCUUGCCCCCUUCGCUGAAAGUGCUCAAGCUUGAGGCAUGUGGGGAGUUCUCUGAUUCGAUGCUGAGCUGUCUCGGCGGCCUGGCUGCUCUUACCAACUUGGACUUACAGUUCUGUCCGAGCAUCGAAUCAAUCGGCACGCAAAUCUGGAGCCACCUACAAUCACUCAAGAACCUGAAGAUAGUAUGCUGCCAGGGGCUGAAUUCCAUCGGAGGAUCAGAAUCGAUUGCGCGUAUAAGAAACGUGGAUAUCAGACACUGCCCGAAGCUGAAAGAGCUAGAGCAACCAUUUCAUAGAGGCUGCUACUGUUAACUAGAAUGGUGUUGGUCUGUCAGCUCUUCUACUCUGAAGGCUGCUCGGCUGCUGUUAUGUCUAAACUCUCAGGUCGUUUUGGCGAGCAAGAGUCACCGAUCCUAUCUCCCUGCAGUUCCUUCUUGUGGUUCUAGCUAGUCACUGAAAAUGUAACCUGGCAAAUUUGGAAGAUGUAGUUUGUGAUCCUAUUCAGCGGAUAAUAUUUUUGCCAUUGAAAUGUUCUUUAAGAUGGAAUGUAAGAGCAAGGUAUGGUAUCCUGUUCAGAGGAGCAAGAUUGAUGGUCUUUACUGAUUUUUUAUAACCUCCAAAGUGAUGUUCUGUGUUUGCUCACUUUGGUGCUGAAUUGGGAGCAUGUGCUGUUCUCCUUUGGAUAGAGUAGACCAUGUUCCAAAAUGUACAUCAGAGCUUGUGGUCGCGGAGGCUCGAGCGAUCUUUUUUUCUGUUUUCUGGAAGGGGUGUGAUCGUGUUUA